AUGACAUCCCUGGAUACAGCAGAAAUGAACACGCUCAACAUCGAACAANCCCGCGCAACCUUCGGUUACAUUUCAUCAGUCAUUCUCGUCAUACUAUGGUUCUUCGCACUGUUCAUGAUUAUCUUUGAGAUUGUCCGGUUCCAUAAGAAGAACCUGCCUGCCAAGACGAUGCUCACGUCUCAGAUAAUCCUGAGCGUCUUCUGCACCAUCAGUUUCAUUAUAGUAAUGCUUGGACUCUUUGACAUCGCUAAAGGCGGAUACGUUUCCUUCCUGAGCUUCAUCGGCACCAUCAUUGCCUUACGAAAGUUGACAAGGAGAGAGUCCAAGAACUCGUACGGCAUGACGGGUCUGAAAUAA